GAAGCCCCGCCCCUUCACUCUGGCGGCGGCGGAGGCGGCUGCUGUCGCUGCGUCGCUUCCUUCCUCUCUCCUCGUCCUUUUUGGUCGCUUUCCUCCUCCGUUGCAGGACGAGCGGAGGGAGGGGGCGAGGGGAGGCUGGAAAAAGAGAAGGCCCACUCCUGGCCCGCCUGCGUGUGCCUCUCUUUUUUCGGCCUCUUGCUGUUUCCCCUCAUGCGGCGGUGACACUUGGGGCGGCCAUUUUGAAGAGCCCUGAAGAGGAGGAGGCAGCGCAUGCGCAGGAGGGCGGCGGACUAGGCCGCACGCCUGCCUGCCUGCCGUCGGAGCGAGAGAAACAGAAGAGCUGAGGCGUUUGAGAGGGAGAAGGCCCGACGAAAGACGGAGGGAAGGAAGCCCUGCCUCGGCGGCCCUCCUCACGGGAGGAGGCGGAGGAGGAGAGGCCUCAGUGUCAGGAGUAGGCCGCAGCGGUGAGGAGGAAAAGGCGGAGGAAGAGGAGGAGGAGGAGGCCCUUCUCUCCGGCCCGGCCUCCCGCCCUCGCCCUCCCUCCCCCGCCGCCAUUGGGCGAAUAGCCAGCAAAUACGUGCGCGUCGCCCUCCCGCCGCCGCAGCAGCAGCAUCAGACCGAAGAGGAGAGCCGACAGCAGGCCCCGCCGCUGGAGCAGGCCUCGGCCUUGCCGCCGCCUCCUUCCCGCCGCUUCCACCCACCGCCACCGCCGCCUCUCCUGCUGCUCCUCCGCCGCUCCUCGCCGCCGCUCCCUCCUCAAGGGGAAGAGCAGCCUCUCCCCGCCAUGAACCACCACCACCAGCAGCCCCAGCCCCCACCGCCGCCGCCCAAGCCCGGGGAGCAGCAGCUAAGCGAGCCCGAGGACAUGGAGAUGGAAGCUGGAGAUGCUGAUGAUCCACCAAGAAUUACUCAAAAUCCAGUCAUCAAUGGGAAUGUGGCAAUGGCUGAUGGCCACAACAACACAGAAGAAGACAUGGAAGACGACACAAGUUGGCGGUCAGAAGCAACCUUUCAGUUCACAGUCGAGCGUUUUAACCGGCUGAGCGAGUCAGUCCUAAGCCCCCCCUGCUUUGUCCGAAACCUGCCCUGGAAGAUCAUGGUGAUGCCGCGGCUUUACCCGGACCGGCCACACCAAAAAAGUGUAGGAUUCUUUCUUCAGUGCAAUGCUGAAUCUGAUUCAACGUCGUGGUCUUGUCAUGCCCAAGCGGUGCUCAAGAUCAUCAAUUACAAGGACGAUGAGAAAUCUUUCAGCCGCCGCAUCAGCCACUUGUUCUUUCACAAGGAGAAUGACUGGGGCUUUUCCAACUUCAUGUCAUGGAGCGAAGUUACUGACCCUGAUAAAGGUUAUAUAGAAGAUGAUAAAGUAACUUUUGAAGUUUCUGUUCAAGCUGAUGCUCCGCAUGGUGUGGCCUGGGAUUCCAAGAAGCACACAGGCUAUGUGGGGCUGAAGAACCAGGGAGCAACCUGCUACAUGAACAGUUUGUUACAGACUCUAUUUUUCACAAACCAACUACGGAAGGCUGUGUAUAUGAUGCCCACAGAAGGGGAUGAUUCAUCAAAAAGUGUCCCUUUAGCCUUGCAAAGGGUGUUCUAUGAGCUUCAGCACAGCGACAAGCCAGUAGGAACAAAGAAGCUAACAAAAUCUUUUGGAUGGGAGACGCUAGACAGCUUCAUGCAACAUGACGUCCAGGAGCUUUGUCGAGUGCUGCUUGACAACGUUGAAAAUAAAAUGAAAGGCACCUGUGUCGAAGGCACGAUCCCAAAAUUAUUCCGGGGCAAAAUGGUGUCUUACAUCCAGUGCAAACACGUAGACUACCGGUCUGAACGAAUAGAGGAUUAUUAUGACAUCCAAUUAAGUAUAAAGGGAAAGAAGAAUAUAUUUGAGUCCUUCAUCGAUUACGUAGCAGUGGAACAGCUGGAUGGAGACAACAAAUACGACGCAGGGGAACACGGUUUGCAGGAAGCCGAGAAAGGCGUCAAGUUCAUAACGCUGCCACCGGUGUUGCAUCUGCAACUCAUGAGGUUCAUGUACGAUCCCCAGACCGACCAGAACAUCAAGAUAAAUGACAGGUUUGAAUUUCCAGACCAAUUGCCUCUGGAUGAGUUCUUGCAAAAAACAGAUCCGAAAGAUGCUGCAAACUACAUCCUUCACGCUGUGCUUGUACACAGCGGGGAUAACCAUGGUGGACAUUACGUCGUGUACUUGAACCCCAAAGGGGAUGGAAAAUGGUGUAAAUUUGAUGACGACGUCGUCUCUCGGUGUACAAAAGAAGAAGCCAUUGAGCAUAACUAUGGAGGCCACGAUGAUGACCUAUCUGUACGGCACUGUACGAAUGCAUAUAUGUUGGUUUAUAUCAGGGAGUCAAAACUAAGUGAGGUUUUGCAGGCUGUCACUGACCAUGAUAUUCCUCAGCAACUCGUGGAACGGCUUCAGGAAGAGAAGCGAAUAGAGGCUCAAAAGAGGAAGGAGAGGCAGGAGGCUCAUCUCUACAUGCAAGUGCAGAUCGUAACAGAGGACCAGUUCUGUGGCCACCAAGGCAACGACAUGUAUGAUGAAGAAAAAGUGAAAUACACCGUGUUCAAAGUCUUGAAGAACUCAACACUUGCAGAGUUUGUCCAGAAUCUUUCUCAAACCAUGGGCUUUCCGCAAGAUCAAAUACGACUGUGGCCCAUGCAGGCGCGAAGCAAUGGGACAAAGAGGCCGGCCAUGUUAGACAAUGAAGCCGACGGCAAUAAAACCAUGAUUGAACUCAGUGACAAUGAAAAUCCAUGGACAAUAUUCCUGGAGACAGUCGACCCAGAAAUGGCUGCGACAGGAGCAACGUUGCCCAAAUUUGACAAAGACCAUGAUGUCAUGCUAUUCUUGAAAAUGUAUGACCCAAAGACUCGGAGUUUGAACUACUGUGGACAUAUCUACACACCUAUAUCCUGCAAAAUACGUGACUUGCUGCCAGUUAUGUGUGAAAGAGCAGGAUUUCCCCAAGAAUCUAAUCUUAUCCUCUAUGAGGAAGUUAAACCGAAUUUAACGGAGCGGAUUCAAGACUACGACGUUUCCCUCGACAAAGCUCUGGACGAACUCAUGGACGGUGACAUCAUCGUGUUUCAAAAAGAUGACCCCGAGAAUGACAACAGCGAACUGCCCACAGCAAAAGAGUACUUCCGAGACUUGUACCACCGUGUCGACGUCAUCUUCUGCGACAAAACCAUCCCGAACGAUCCCGGCUUCGUGGUCACGCUGUCCAACAGGAUGAACUAUUUCCAGGUUGCCAAGACCGUCGCCCAGAGGCUUAAUACUGAUCCUAUGCUCCUACAGUUUUUCAAGUCACAAGGUUACAGAGAUGGCCCAGGCAACCCACUUAGACAUAAUUACGAUGGGACAUUGAGGGAUCUCCUGCAAUUCUUCAAGCCGAGGCAACCUAAGAAACUGUACUAUCAGCAGCUCAAAAUGAAAAUCACGGACUUUGAAAAUCGGAGGAGUUUCAAGUGCAUAUGGCUGAACAGCCAGUUUAGGGAAGAGGAAAUAACACUAUAUCCAGACAAGCACGGAUGCGUCCGGGAUCUAUUAGACGAAUGUAAAAAAGCUGUAGAACUUGCCGAGAGAGGUUCAGGGAAACUAAGGCUGCUAGAAAUUGUAAGUUACAAAAUAAUCGGGGUCCAUCAGGAAGACGAAUUGUUAGAGUGUUUAUCGCCAGCAACAAGUCGAACGUUUCGAAUAGAGGAAAUCCCUCUGGACCAGGUUGACCUCGAUAAGGAGAACGAGAUGCUUAUUACAGUGGCUCACUUCCAGAAAGAGGUCUUUGGGACAUUUGGCACUCCUUUCUUGCUAAGGAUACACCAGGGUGAACACUUUCGAGAGGUGAUGAAGAGGAUUCAAGUCGUUCUGGACAUCCAGGAGAAGGAAUUUGAAAAGUUUAAAUUUGCCAUUGUAAUGAUGGGUCGGCACCAAUAUCUAAACGAAGACGAAUAUGAAGUGAACUUGAAAGAUUUCGAACCCCAACCCGGCAACAUGUCUCACCCAAGGCCAUGGCUAGGACUUGACCAUUUCAACAAAGCCCCAAAGAGAAGUCGCUACACGUACCUUGAAAAAGCUAUUAAAAUCCAUAACUGACUUACCCCUCUCCCAAGUUUGUUCGAGACAAGGAAAAAAAAGAGGGAGGGAGGCAACCAUAAGUGUGUGUGUGUGUGGCGUGUGUGUGGCGUGUGUGUGUGCGCACCUUUUUAACAACCGACCGUAGGACUUUUCCGGCACACGUGCACACGACCCGGCGUCUCCGGCGAGAGGAGCUUUGCUGCCGGUGGGAUUAAUUUUAUUUGGAGGCUACUCCCUUUGGCUUCUCUGUACCUUUUAUUGACUGCCCUCUUUUUUCUGUUUUGUUUUUUGAGCAAAAAAAUGAAGGUGUUUUAUAAAACAAAACGAUCAAGCUUUGGGUGCCAACGAGAGUUUUUAAUGGGGGAUCGAAAGGAGGCGUCACAAAGGGGAGGAGAGGCGAGGCAAUGUUAUCGACGGUGGACUCGGCCCGUAAUGCGUUGAAUGGGCUGGCCUUCCCUUUCCCCCACAGUUCCCUUUCCCCCUGCCAUCAACUGCAGUAUGACUAUGGUUAGGCUCACAUUCCCUUCCUGUUUUGUUUCCUCCUGUUAUAUCCUUUGAUUUUUUUUUUUGGACGCCUUUGUAAAUGCAAACAGAGAGAGAGAAAAGACAAAACUCAACAUCAUCAAUAAAUAGCAAUCUCUACUUCAUGGUGUACACUGUUGGCACUUAUUCGGACACGUUUUGUUGCGUUUUGGGUGGAUUAUCUCCUUUAAAAAAAUAUCAUUAUUAUUAAUUUUAAAAUAAAUGGAGUUGGAGUCACCAUUGGGCUUUCUUUUUCCCUCCCCACACCUCACUUUUUUCCUGAGGAAAUAAGUCAGAAUCCUCAAAGAGGGAAGGAGGAAGAUCCGGGGUCUUUUGAAUUCCCUUUUAGAGAUGGCUAAACAUUCAAAAACCCUUGAGGUCAUGCAUUGAAAACCCUUGAGGUUUUGUAUUUAAAAAUCCUUGGGGUUGUGCAUGGAAAGCCCUUGAGGUGUUAUGUAUAAAAAGCCUUUGGGUUUAUGCAUUAAUAGCCCCUGAGGAUAAAGAUGAACCCGACGCCUCUGAAGAUUUGCUUCGUAGUGGAAAUUAGCGAAUCUGGGAAUGGGAGAAGCGACACAGGCCUUUUUAGCACUAAAGGCAUGAUGUUCACUAGUGUUUUAGUAAGAUGUUGACUUUGUAUAAAAUAAUGAGAGCGAGGGGCUUGGGAGGGCACAGAAAAUGUAUAUUUAAGGGAGGAUGUGUACAAUUGGAUGCUCAGAGGUGGCGUUUGGGGGGCCGGGGGGUGUUGAGGGGGUGCUGCUGCCUGCAAGCGGAUUUCACAGAUGUCAAUAUUCCUAUUCAUUGUGUGUAGUUUUUAUUUCGGUUCCCCCGGCGGCUCUCCCCCCUCCCCCCAUUUUAGUUUGGAGCUAAUGGCAGCCCGUUUGUGUCUAUAUCAGGUUUUCUUUCCCCCUUUUGGAGUGCAGUAAAGCUAUAGAACCUGCAGUUUACACUCCCCUUUCUUUUCCUUUUUUAAAAUUUUCACAUUCUUUAUCUUCUUCCCCUCAGUACUUAAUUUUUUUUGUUUUUGUUUCUGUAGCUCCCUGUGCAAUGAUUCUUCCUGUAUAUUGCCUUUUUUGCUGGAAAAAAAAAAGAAAUGUUGUAUGUUGAAUAAAAAUUUUCUAUAAAAUUGUA